AUCCACCCUGUCGGAAAAAUUCAAAACAGAUGAAGUCGCAACAUUACCUUGACCCCAAAGAACCAUUUGCUUCUCGUUGGACAACUGCUUGCCAGCAGGCCUUUGAAGAAGUAAUCCAGAAGCUUAGUACAGCACCAGUUCUUGCAUUUGCAGACCCAGGUGAAAUUGCUGAUAAACAAAGAGCCGAUCCAGUCAUUCAGCACAUCAUCGCUCAGUUGGAACGAGGGGAAAACCCACCGCCAUUUCUGAGGGAACAGCUCCCCGAUCUGCCACUACUUCUGCGAGAGCUUACACGCUUGGAGCUCCAUAAUAAUGUUCUCGUCAGGAGAAGGAAUAUUGGAGGUGAGCUUACUUACCAACUUGUACUUCCAGAGGAAUGGCGGGCUGAGGUCCUCAACCAGCUGCAUGACCAGAUGGGCCAUUUGGGCACAGAAAGAACUCUGGACCUCAUCAGAUCACGGUUCUUCUGGCCACGAAUGGCAAGUGAUGUCUGUAGCAAACUCAAGAACUGUGAAAGAUGCAUUCGAAGAAAAGCACAACCUGAGAAAGCUGCACCACUUGUUAAUAUUAAAACUUCAAGACCACUCGAACUUGUCUGCAUGGACUUUCUUUCAAUAGAACCAGACCGGAGCAACACAAAAAAUAUUCUAGUGAUAACCGAUCAUUUCACAAAAUAUGCUGUUGCAGUGCCAACCCCAAACCAAAGAGCUAAAACUGUAGCAAAAGUGUUAUGGGAGAAUUUUCUUGUCCAUUAUGGAAUGCCAGAGCGUCUCCAUAGUGACCAAGGGACUGAUUUUGAAUCACACACAAUCAAAGAGCUCUGUCAGAUCACAGGAAUCAAAAAGAUUAGGACCACACCUUAUCAUCCCCGUGGAAAUCCUGUGGAGCGAUUCAACCGAACCCUUUUAAACAUGUUGGGUACUCUGCAAGAAGAAGAUAAAAUUCACUGGAAAGAUUUUGUGAAGCCAUUGGUACACGCUUACAACUGUACCCGAAAUGAUGUCACUGGAUACUCCCCAUAUGAACUGAUGUUUGGUCGGCAACCCCGCCUUCCUGUUGACUUAGCUUUUGGACUGCCUGUGUCUGAAAAACCAUCUACAUCUCAUUCACAGUAUGUUGAAAAGCUCAAGUCACACCUCAAAGAAAGUUAUAAAAUUGCAACUGAAAACUCUGAGAAAGUCAUGUGGAAGAACAAACUCAGAUUUGACAAGCAAGUCACAGCUGCAGAACUCUCAGUUGGAGAUAGAGUUCUGGUUAGAAACGUCAAACUACGAGGCAAGCACAAGCUCGCAGACCGGUGGGAAUCAGACGUGUAUAUUAUUCAGAAGAAAGCCGGCACUCUUCCAGUAUACACCGUUAAACCAGAAGGCAAAGAUCGUCCCAUCAGGACUCUCCACCGUGAUCUGCUGUUGCCUUGUGGCUACCUGUCCCCAGCCUCUAAACCAGAACAGAGGAAGAAAACAGCGAUUGCACCCGUGACUUCAGAAAAUGUAGAUCUUUUAGACCCUGAAAAUGAAGAACUGUUCUUACCUGAUUUAUCUGAUUACUCCAGCUCCUAUGUCACCAGAGUUACAACUGAGGUUGACUUACCUGCUCCUGCAUCUACCAUCGCUCCUAUACCUGUGGAUUCGCCUGGCCAGCAUCCCCAGAGCUCUUUAGAAGAGAAGGUUGGUGAGGAAAAGGAAGUGGAGUCUGGACCUGAACCUAUUGCUGAACUCGACCUGGAACGAACGGCUGAAGAUGAAACAGAUUCUGCUGACUCAGAGCCUCUUGGGGACAACUCCUCCUCUCAAUCAGGACCUGUCUCUCCUCACCCAGAAUCUGCAUCCUAUCCAGGACAAUCCAGCAUGUUAAGUGAUUCUUCUGCUGUAAAACUCUCCAGCCCAGAUCCUGAACCAUCUGUCAGACGCUCUACCAGAACACGUCACCCACCAACUCGUCUGCAGUAUUCAACACUUGGGCAUCCACUUCUGCAGAGCAUCCAAACCCUGUUUCAAGGACUCAGUACAGUCUUUACAUCUGCUCUGGAACUGGAUGAGACCUCUGUGACCUCUACAUCAUGUGACAGUGUGGUGUGUCACCAGCCGGUUGCAUGUACGAGGCCGCACAUGAGUUUAGGGGGGGAACCUGUAACCUGCAAUUAG